AUGGCGCACCGAAUCAUCGCCCAGAUCGUCCUUACCGGCGGGCGUGUUUUCGGCAGAGCUUUUGCAGAGGCAUAUAAACAAGCCCAAGCCUCAUCACAGUACGCCAGGGCCGCUGCGAAGAAUGACCCUGGCGCCCUCAAUACGGCCGCUGCCUCUGGCAUGACCCUCGAUGAAGCCUGCAAAAUCCUCAACGUCAAGCCUCCUCAGGGUGGCGUCACGAACAUGGAGCACGUUAUGGAACGAUUUAAGAAAUUAUACGAUCUCAAUGAACCCAAAAAGGGGGGGGGCGGGUCAUUCUACCUUCAGAGCAAAAUUCUGCGGGCGCGGGAACGAAUAGAGAUGGAAGUUCGGUCUGCGGAGCGGAAAGCAGCCAUGGAAAAAGAAAUCAAAGAAGGUUGGAAGCCCAAAAUGUAUAGAGAUUGA